GCCGGGCCGGGCCGCGCUGCGCUGGGGCUGCGGGCGGCGGCGAUGGCGAUGGCGGGGGCGCUGGAUCGCGGCGGGUCCGGGUCCGGGUCCGGGUCGGAGGUGCGCAAGUUCACGAAGCGGCUGAGCAAGCCGGGCACCGCGGCCGAGCUCCGCCACAGCGUCUCCGAGGCCGUGCGGGGCUGCCCCGAGCCGGAGAAGACCAAGGCAGUGGAGCCCCUGGACUACGAGAAUGUCGUGCUGCAGAGGAAAGCCCAGAUCUACAGCGACCCCCUCCGGGACCUGCUCAUGUUUCCAAUGGAGGAUGUGUCCAUCUCGGUGAUAAGCCGCCAGUGGAGGACAGUCCAGUCCACGGUGCCAGGGGAUGCUUUAAAGAAGGCUCAGAGUCUCUUUGUCAAAGAGUGCAUUCGGACCUACAGCUCUGACUGGCACGUGGUGAACUACGUCUAUGAGGAGUACUCCGGCGACUUCCGAAUGCUGCCGUGCAAAUCCUUCAGGCAGGCAAAAACCCCGAGCCACAUCUUUGAGAUCGAUGAAGACUUCGACAAAGAUGAGGAUUCAUCGUCUUUGUGCUCUCAGAAAGGUGGAGUCAUAAAGCAAGGCUGGCUGCACAAGGCAAAUGUGAACAGCACAAUCACGGUCACCAUGAAGGUAUUCAAGAGAAGGUAUUUUAACCUUGCGCAACUCCCGGACGGCUCCUACAUCCUCAAUUCCUAUAAAGACGAGAAAACCUCCAAGGAAUCCAAAGGCUGCAUCUUUCUGGAUGCUUGCAUCGACGUGGUUCAGUGCCCCAAGAUGCGGCGUUACGCCUUUGAACUCAAGAUGCUGGACAAGUACAGCCACUACCUGGCGGCCGAGACAGAGCUGGAGAUGGAGGAAUGGCUGGCCACGCUGAGAAAGAUCAUUCAGAUCAACACGGAGAGCUUGGUGCAGGAGAAGAAAGACACAGGGGAGGCGGCCCCAGAUGAUGAAUCCAGCAGCCAGGGGAAGUCAGAAAACAUCCUGGAGAGCCUGGAGCGGAGCAUGCACCCCGAGCUGAUGAAGUAUGGCAGAGAGACCGACCAGCUGAACAAGCUCAGCCGGAACGACGGAAGGCAAAACCUCUUUUCCUUUGACGCGGAAGUCCAGAGGCUAGACUUCUCGGGGAUCGAGCCAGACGUGAAGCCGUUUGAGGAGAAAUGCAGCCGGCGCUUCCUGGUGAACUGCCAGGAUCUCUCCUUCAACCUCCUUGCGCACAUCAGCGACCGAUCCGAGGGCGCACCCACCAAUGUGGAGCCUUUCUUCAUCAGCCUGGCGCUGUUUGACCUGAAAAACAACUGCAAGAUCUCGGCUGACUUCCACGUGGACUUGAACCCUCCAUGCGUGCGUGAGAUGCUGCUGGAGAGCCUGACCUCAGCAGGGGGGGAUGCCCAGGGGGCUUUGUCCAGCGAAGGCUUGAUUCACGGGAUUCCUGAGUCUCACCUGCGCUACAUAAAACAGGGGGUUUUCUCCGUGACGGAUCCACACGUGGAAAUCUUCCUGGUGGCCCGGGUAGAAAAGGUCCUGCAAGGCAGCAUCACACACUGCACCGACCCGUACAUCAAGACCUCUGACACCGCAAAGACAGCCCAGAAGGUCCACAAGGUUGCGAAGCAGGUGUGUAGCCGGCUGGGCCAGUACCGUAUGCCCUUUGCUUGGGCCGCCAGAUCGGUUUUCAAGGACUCCCAGGGCACCCUGGAUCUCGAAGGGAAAUUCUCCCCUCUGUACAAACAAGACAGUGGCAAGCUCUCUAAUGAGGAUAUGCUGAAGCUAUUAGCAGAGUAUAAGAAGCCAGAGAAGACAAAACUGCAAGUUAUCCCAGGCCAGUUAAAUAUCACAGUUGAAUGUGCCGCCCUGGACUCCUCAAAUUGUGUCACUUCGUCUUAUAUCCCCAUCAAGCCUUUUGGGAAGGGCUGUGAGAGCAUCGCUGUUGAGGUGGAAGAGUUUGUCCCAGAAGUGGCCAAAUACUGUUACCCCUUCACGAUCUAUAAGAACCACCUUUAUGUGUACCCCCUGCACCUAAAGUAUGACAACCAGAAGACGUUUGCAAAGGCGAGGAAUAUCGCCAUCUGCAUCGAGUUCAGGGAUUCAGAUGAAGCUGAUGCCAGAGCCCUCAAGUGCAUUUAUGGCAAGCCAGGAGGACAGCUCUUGACAGCCAGUGCCUAUGCCAUCGUGUUGCAUCAUAACCAAAGUCCGGAGUUCUACGAUGAGAUAAAAAUUGAGCUCCCGAUUCACCUCCAUCAGAAGCACCAUUUGCUUUUCACCUUCUAUCACGUCAGCUGUGAAAUUAACACCAAGGCCACCACGAAGAAGCAGGACACCGUGGAAACUCCAGUGGGGUUUGCCUGGCUCCCAUUGCUGAAGGACGGACGUGUCGUCACCCUGGAGCAGCAUUUACCUGUCUCGUCCAACCUCCCUCCCAGCUACCUGAACCUGGGAGACACGGAGGCACGGAGGCAUCCGGCCGUCGAUGCAAGAUGGGUGGAUGGGGCCAAGCCACUGUUCAGGAUCAAAAUCCACCUGGAGUCAACCAUUUACACCCAGGAUCUGCACUUACACAAAUUCUUCCAGUACUGCCAGCUGGUUCAGGGAGGAGCGAAGGAAGUCCCAGGGGAGCUUGUGAAGUACCUGAAGUGCCUGCAUGCCAUGGAGAUCCAGGUGAUGAUACAGUUUCUGCCUGUGAUUCUGACACAACUGUUUAGAGUCCUCACCAACGUAACGCAGGUGGAUGACGUUGCUGUCACCUGCACCAUGGUCCUUCUGCACAUUGUGUCUAAGUGCCAUGAGGAGGGGCUGGAUCAUUACCUGCGGUCCUUCAUCAAGUAUGUCUUCCGAGCCGAGAAACCUGGUAUCCCUCAGGCCAAGCUGACCCACGAGAUCCUGGCCACCGCUAUGGCCGUGAUUCUGAAGCAGUCAGCGGAUUUCCUCGCCAUCAACAAGCUGCUCAAGUACUCAUGGUUUUUCUUUGAAGCGCUGGCAAAGUCCAUGGCAAUGUACCUCCUGGAAGAAAACAAAAUUAAGCUUCCGAGAGCCCAGCGGUUCCCUGAUUCCUACCAGCAUGUCUUGCAUUUGCUGCUCUUGGCCCUCAUUCCCCACGUGACCAUCCGGUACAACGAGAUCCCAGAAGAGUCCAGGAAUGUCAACUUCAGCUUGGCCAGCUUCCUGAAGCGCUGUUUGACACUUAUGGACAGAGGAUUUGUUUUUAUUCUGAUCAACAGUUACAUUUCUGGUUUCAGCCCCAAAGACCCAAAGAUCCUGGUCGAGUACAAGUUUGAAUUCCUGCAGACCGUGUGCAAUCACGAGCAUUACAUUCCUCUGAACUUACCCAUGACCUUUGCCAAAACCAAGUUUCACCGCGUCCAAGAUGUCGGUCUGGAGUACAGCUUAACUGAUGAAUAUUGCCGGAAUCACUUCCUGGUGGGGAUGCUUCUCAGGGAGACGGCGGCUGCCCUGCAGGACAACUAUGACAUCAGAUACACAGCCAUCACCGUCCUAAAGAGCCUUAUGAUAAAGCAUGCCUUUGACAACAGAUACCAGCACAAGAACCAGCAGGCAAAAAUCGCCCAGCUGUAUCUGCCACUGGUGGGAUUGCUCUUAGAAAAUAUCCCGCGGGUGGCUGGCCGGGACACACUGUACUCGUGCGUAGCUGUGUCUCCUUCGGCCUCCAGGGAUGACUUUGUGUGUAAUUUCACCUCCCCGUCCAACAGAUCGAGUCUGAUUGCAGAUAAAGAUACAGCCUAUGGUGCGGCACUCCAGAACGGCCACGUCCUGAAAAGGGAGGACUCCAAGGCAUCGCUAAACUCGGAAGGGGCGGCAGGUUCUCCUGAUCAGUGUCACACUGGCGAAAAUAUACGAAGAAGUUCCACGAGGAGCAACGUGUCCCACUGCGGGAGGCUGGACCAUCUGGAGAUCAGGAGCCUCCUCAUGUGCUACCUCUAUGUCGUUAAGAUGGUUUCUGAAGAUACCCUCUUAACCUACUGGAACAAAAUAUCCCCACAAGAGCUGGUCAAUGUCCUCGUGCUUCUGGAAGCCUGUUUAUUUCACUUCAGAUACGUGGGGAAGAGAAACAUUGUCAGGGUUCAUGAUGCCUGGCUACUAAAGCACGCUGGCGCUGACAGGAAAUCCCAGACGAUGCCAGCCUUGCGCAGCCGCGCGGGGAUAAUACAGGCCCGUCUCCAGCACCUCGGCAGCUUGGAGAGCUCAUUCACCCUCAAUCACAAUGCCGGCACCUCGGAAGCAGAUGUUGUGCACCAGGCGCUCCUGGAAGGCAACGUUGCCACGGAAGUUUGUCUCACUGUCCUGGACACCAUUUCGUUUUUCACCCAAAGUUUCAAGGCCCAGCUCUUAAACAACGAUGGCCACAACCCACUCAUGAAAAAGGUGUUUGAUGUUCACUUGGCCUUUCUCAAGAAUGGACAGUCGGAAGCAGCCCUUAAGCAUGUGUUUGCCUCUCUGAGAGCUUUCAUUAGCAAGUUCCCCUCAGCGUUCUUCAAGGGCCGGGUGAACAUGUGUGCCACCUUCUGCUACGAGGUGCUGAAGUGCUGCACGUCCAAGUUGACCUCCACACGCCACGAGGCCUCGGCACUGCUCUACCUCCUCAUGCGCAACAACUUCGAGUUCACCAAGAGGAAAACGUUCCUGAGAACGCACCUGCAGAUAAUAAUUGCAGUGAGCCAGUUAAUAGCAGAUGUGGCAUUAAGUGGUGGAUCCAGUUUUCAGGAGUCCCUAUUCAUUAUUAACAACUUUGCAAGCAGCGACAGGCCGAUGAAGGCAACUGCUUUUCCCUCAGAAGUCAAAGACUUAACAAAAAGGAUCCGGACAGUGCUUAUGGCAACUGCCCAAAUGAAGGAACAUGAAAAAGACCCAGAAAUGCUGAUUGACCUGCAGUACAGCCUCGCCAAGUCCUACGCAAGUACCCCGGAGCUCAGGAAGACGUGGCUGGACAGCAUGGCGAAGAUCCACGUCAAAAAUGGAGACUUUUCAGAGGCUGCCAUGUGCUAUGUUCAUGUAGCCGCCCUCGUCGCUGAGUUUCUUCUUAGGAAAAAACUCUUCCCUAGCGGCUGCUCAGCUUUCAAGAAAAUCACUCCCAAUAUUGAUGAGGAGGGAGCAAUGAAAGAAGACGCUGGCAUGAUGGACGUUCACUACAGCGAGGAAGUCCUGCUGGAGCUGCUGGAGCAAUGCGUAGACGGGCUGUGGAAGGCAGAGCGCUAUGAGACCAUUUCAGAAAUUUCCAAACUGAUCAUCCCGAUUUAUGAGAAGCGGCGGGAGUUUGAGAAACUUACGCAGUUGUACAGAACGCUCCAUGGUGCUUAUACAAAAAUAUUGGAAGUGAUGCACACGCGGAAGAGAUUGCUGGGUACCUUCUUCCGAGUGGCUUUCUACGGACAAGCUUUCUUUGAAGAAGAAGAUAGCAAGGAAUAUAUCUACAAGGAGCCCAAGCUGACGGGCCUGUCGGAGAUCUCCCUGAGGCUUCUUAAACUUUACGGAGAAAAAUUUGGAGCAGAGAAUGUAAAAAUUAUCCAGGAUUCAAGUAAGGUGAACAUCAAAGAUCUCGAUCCAAAGUAUGCCCAUAUUCAAGUGACCUAUGUGAAACCCUACUUUGAAGACAAAGAGCUCUCUGACAGAAAGACGGAGUUUGAAAGAAAUCAUAACAUCAACAGAUUUGUAUUCGAGGCUCCUUAUACCUUGUCUGGAAAAAAACAUGGCAGUGUGGAAGAGCAGUGCAAAAGACGAGUUAUUCUAACCACUUCAAACUCCUUCCCGUAUGUGAAGAAGAGAAUUCCAGUCAAUUCGGAACGUCAGAUUGACCUAAAACCCAUUGAUGUGGCUACUGAUGAGAUAAAAGACAAGACGGCAGAGCUACAAAAGCUCUGUUCUCCUGCGGAAGUUGACAUGAUCCAGUUGCAGCUCAAGUUGCAAGGCUGUGUUUCUGUCCAGGUCAAUGCUGGCCCGCUGGCCUAUGCAAGGGCUUUCUUGAGUGACACUCACUCCAGCAAGUACCCCAUCAAGAAGGUGAAUGAGCUAAAAGAAAUGUUCAGGAAGUUUAUACAAGCCUGUGGAAUGUCUCUGGAACUUAAUGAGCGACUCAUUAAGGAAGACCAAGCAGAGUACCACGAAGGGUUAAAAUCAAACUUCAGAGACAUGGUGAAAGAGCUUUCUGACAUCAUUCAUGAACAGCUGUACCAAGAAGAUACAAUGCAUUCUUCCUGGAUACAUGACUCUCUACAUGUAUUUUGUGCAAUCAGUGGGACAUCUGGUGACAGGUUACUUCUCACCUAGGAUCACUGCUGACAUAUGAACUUGAAAAUGGUGUUCUACAAAUCUUACUCAGGAACAUACAGAACUGUGCAGAGGAUGUUAAAACUCAAAACAAGUGACCAGGAAACCUUCAGUAUUUUUUCCCCCAAAUUAAAGUGCUUUCAAACAGGGUGCUUGCUUAUUUUGCUGAGCAAUGUUGGAAGUGCCUGGACAUUUACACCACUGUGCUUAUUUUGUACUUUUUUUAGUUAAAUUUAUACAGUACAACACUGAAAGCCAUCUGUUCAAGUCUGUACUGAAUUGCUGAAUUAUGAAUUGGGAAAGGUACUAUGUAAAGCUGUACAAUGGAAUAGAAUAAAAUGUAAAACUUC